CCACCGUGCCCAGCACAGGGAACCGGCCCCUCUGUGACAUCAGCCCUGGGCCAGGGGCACUGUGGGUGCUGUGGGCACAACGCUGGAGGUGACCCCUCGCUCCUGGCACUGCCCCGUGCGCUGCCACCGAUGGCUUGGCUGUGGCUCCUGGUCCUGCUGGCCCUGGCCGGGCCCGUGGGUGGCACCUGGGACACCUGCGGAGGGACCUGCGGGCUCCGGCCCAUGGCUGCCGACCACAACUCCCUGCUGCCCGACUACGGCCCCGCGGCCUUGGCCGACGGCACCUCCCGCGUCACGGGGGGCACCGGGGUCCAGCCGGGGGCCUGGCCCGGCAUUGCCAGCAUCCAGGCCACCUGGAAGAACGGCACGUGGCACAUGUGCUCGGGUGUCCUCCUCAGCUCCAAGUGGGUCCUCACGGUCGCCCACUGCUUUAUCAGGGCCAGCGAUGUCUACCGGUGGGAUGUGGUGAUUGGGGCCACAGAUCUGACUCAGCCGGGCCCCGAGGCCGAGGUGAGGCACAUCCAGAGGCUCCUGCUGCACCAGCACUAUGUGGCUGCCAAGGCAUGGAAUGACAUUGCCCUGCUGGAGCUGGACCAGCCCGUGGAGUGCAGCGACUCCAUCCAGCUGGGCUGUGUGCCCGAUGCCUCACUGAGGGUCUCGGAGCUCAAAUCCUGCUACAUCGCCGGAUGGAGUUUCGGCAAACCUGGAAAUGUGGUGCUGCAGGAGGCCAAGGUCCACCUGAUGGACACAGAGCUCUGUAACAGCAGCCGGUGGUACGCGGGGGCCGUGCACCCCGAAAACCUGUGCGCUGGGUACCCGCGGGGCGGCAUCGACACCUGCCAGGGGGACAGUGGGGGUCCCCUCGUCUGCAAGGACCACAGAGCCGACUACUUCUGGGUCGUGGGGCUGAGCAGCUGGGGAAGAGGCUGUGACAAAGCCAGGCACCCCGGGAUCUACACCUCCACUCAGCCCUUCUACAACUGGAUCCUGCUCCAGACGGGCCUGAGGCCGGCACAAAAAGCCGGUCCAGAACAAGGGCCAGCCGUCAGCUCGACCCCUGAGCAGCAUCUGGGGCCGGUGUCAGAGACACACAUCAGCCUGACCCCUGAGCAGCAGUUGAAGCCAGAGCCAGAGCCGGACAUCAGCUUCAUCCCCAAGCACAGCCAGAGACCGGCACCGACCUCCUCGGCCUUGUCAGUGCCCACAGCAUUCCCACUGCUGCUCCUGGUGCCGUUCCUGAACCUGCUGCAGGAGUUCCUGCACUUCCUGAAAGAUAAAAAGGCUUAAGCAGCAGGAGGAGGGGGAUCCAGGGCUACAGUGGACCAGGGCCAUUUCCUGCUGGGACAAAGGUAGCCUUGGGGGCCAGAGGUUGCUCUGUCCUGCCCACGCUGCUCCGCUGCACCUGCACCGAUGCUGACGUGACCCAGGUGUUGAAAUAAAGUUUCUGUGUUCCUCAUUAA